ACCAAACGAGCUCUGAUCGGGAUGAAGUUUUAGUAUGUUGUUCCUAAACUCCUCUUCUUCAUAUCCAACGGUGGGAUUAUUGUUUUGACUUCUCUAUGUCGGUAUAAUUUUCUCUAUUUGGUGCAACGUUUUUAUUAGGGAUUUCUCACUUUUGAGUGAAGAUUAUUGUUAUUUGGUGUUCUAAGUUAUUACUUGAUGAUUGUGUAUACCUCUAAUUGAUUUAGAGAGGAUUCUUGGUUGUACCCACUGAUUUUUCGUGGUGAUUAGUGGAAGGCUUUGUGGUUUUUUCCCUGGUUUGGAGUUUCCACGUUAAAUCUUGGUGUUCGUUUAUCGUUUGAUUGAUUGCUUGUUGUCGUGUUUACUAUUCUUGAUCGGUCAUAUGAUUUUGCUCAUUUUGACAACACAAAGACGGGAAAAUUAUUAAUUGCUUCUGCUAAAAAAAUUGAAGUGAUUUUCCCAACAAUCCUAAUUGAAAUACAUCCCUCUUAAUACAUGCUUUCAAAUGUGUCCACCAUAGAUCUUCCCAGACACUAUUUACAGGGUCAAACUUUACUCACUUUGUUUGCUCAAUUUUAUUAGUCAUUUCAUAAAAUAAUAUAGUCUUGUCACUUCUACUUUUGUAGAACUUUUCAUGUAGUUUAUUACUAUAUAAAUUUUAUUUUAAAAUUUUACUCCUAUAAUCAAUUAAAUUGAAUUGAAAAUAAAGUCGGUAUUUUAAAAUUUUACUCUUAUAAUCAAUUAAAUUGAAUUGAAAAUAAAGUCGGUCAAGCCUCGUAACGCGUAAUGGGAUACUUAGAAUUCAAAAUGAAAAUGAGCUUGAAAUGCUAAAGUGAUUUGAAACUCCUCGUACGUUUUGAGCGAACUGUUCCCGGCUUUGCUCUCAUUGCUUUUUUUUUUCUUUCUUUAGAUUAUAUUGAAUUUUAUCAAUCCCAAGUCAAUUCAAAAUCUCUUCGCGCAAAUAUCAACAGUGAGAUGGAGUUGGGGGCUCAGGCGGCAACUAUUAAUUUCCCGAGCAGUCAGAUUCCGGUGGAGGACGAUGAACCUCUGCUACUCUCCGACGACGUCAAAACCGGUCUUGUGCUCAUCGACAUCGUCAAUGGCUUUUGCACCGUCGGAGCAGGAAAUCUGGCUCCACAAAAACAUGAUGAACAAAUUGCUGGAAUGGUGGAUGAAUCAGUGAAGUUUGCUAACCUCUUCUGUGAAAAGAAAUGGCCUAUUUUUGCUUUCCUUGACUGUCAUCAUCCUAACAUUCCUGAGCACCCAUAUCCUCCUCACUGCAUAAUGGGAACUCAUGAAGCUGAACUGGUUCCUUCUCUAAAGUGGUUGGAGAAUGAACCAAAUGUUAUUAUACGCCGCAAGGAUUGUAUUGAUGGAUUCAUCGGGUCUCUAGAUAGAGAUGGUUCCAAUGUAUUUGUGAAUUGGGUGAAAAGCAAUGAGAUCAAAGUUGUAUUGGUCCUAGGAAUAUGCACAGACAUAUGUGUUCUAGAUUUUGUUUGUUCUGCCUUGUCUGCAAGAAAUCAUAGGAUUCUCUCCCCACUAGAGGACGUGAUAGUAUAUUCACGUGGAUGUGCUACUUAUGAUCUUCCAGUGCAUGUUGCUAAAAGCAUCAAAGGUGCCCUGGCUCAUCCACAGGUACGCUAAGCUUAAUCUCAGUGGUUGAAAAGGCCAAGACGUAUUUAAGUUUAUAUUGCCACUUUGAAGCUCUAAAUCGGAGGAGCCUUGGCUGAUCAAAACAUAGUUAAUAAGAUCAGUUGCAUUGGUUAUGUUUUGCCAUCGUUAUAUUCUUCAUUGCCUAAGGAAGGAACAUGUUUUAGUUUCUUCUUCCCAUUAACAAAUUGAGUGCUUCUGUAAAGUUAAUUGUGCAUUGUAGGAGCUGAUGCAUCACAUAGGGCUGUACAUGGCAAAAGGAAGGGGAGCAAAGAUUGUAUCAGAAGUCUCAUUUGAUAAGUCAGAUUAAACCUAAUUUUCAGUUAUACAGGAAUUCAAUUUCACUUAAUGGAAGAGUACCUGAUCUUCUGCUGUCGUACAAAACUACAGAUGUUACAACAGUUCUUUAUUUGUCCCUGUCUAUUUAAAAACAUGAUAUAAUGUAUAGACAGAUCUCCCUGUUUGCUUAGUAAAUGUAUGGAGAAUUGAUACCCUUGAAUAUUAUUGUAUAUGAGAUUAUGAGUCACAUUUAUC